CAGAAAGCAAAGUGAACGGCGACCACAUGACUAGCGCGGGCGCGUGUGGGCGCUACCAUCGCUACAAGGCGACGACCAACGCCGUCUUCGAGUGGCUCCACCGAGCGACCAAGCCCAAGACCAAGAACGCCAAGCGCAAGGUCAAGAAGCACGGCGCGCGGUCGGCCAACGUCGCCGAGUGGUCGGUCUCGCAAAUCUACGCCGCUGCGCUCGAGGUCGUCGAGGCUGCCUUGCCCGUGCCCGCUGCCAUCUUGCGCAAGCUUGGGACGGCCAUCCGCCUGCGCCACCAGUACUCUCUCAAAAUGGCUCCCGACGCCGGCCAUGCGCAUGUCCUCAACACACUUCGUGCGAUCGAGGUCCAGUGGACGCCGCUGGUGCCCAUCAAGACGCCAGGUCCUGUUCAUGAAGCGAGUGGCGAUGCAGCUAGCAGCAAUAUCAACGUGGCCAACGCCUUUGAGGCCCUCGCCACCGACGACGUGGAUGACGACGCCGACGUGUGGGCAGAGACACCGAUGCCGCCGUUCGACAUGACGACCUUCGUCGCGCCGGUCGAUGCUUCGGACGCAGCCCGCGCAGCGCUCCUGGCGCGUAUCGAAGACGAGAAUUUCCAGGUCAUGUGCUUCCUCCUCGACCUCGACGACCUGAUGCACGAGGUCAUGCUGGGCUGGGCCACGUACAAGGAUGGUCAGACGUCGUUGCUCGCAGCGACGGCCAUCACCAACGCCUGCGUCCACUCCGUCCAAGUCCUCAGCAACGACUUGAGCUUUGCCCACCCGUACCUCAAGGACCUCGACCAUAUUAUCGCGCUUCUCGUUUGCGAUGGCAUCCUCAUGGACCUCGUCUCGGACCAUAAUGGCCUUCCUCUUGGCACCGCGGUCGAGCUGGUUGUCGUUGCCCAGCGCGCCAUGGUGCCGCGGCUUCGUCCGGCCGCAGAGCGCGCGAUCGCUCAGCGUCUUCAGACAACGUCGAUGGUCGCGUCACGCUUUGUCGACCGUGUCUCCGCCCAGUACAUGGCCGAGGCGUCUCUUGCACAGCUCGAAUGGUCGUCGACGUUGGGUCUCAACAGCAGCCUUGUCUACCUCCACCGGUUGUUGUACGGCUUUCACGAGGUCAUCAAGCCCGGUCUUCGCAUGGUCUGUGAAGACGGCUUUUUUGGCCGCGACUGGGCCGAGCCGCACGCACUGGCCGCGUCCUUGGCCGACUUGUACCAGACGUUCUUUGCGCAUAUUUUACCGCCGCUAGUCACGUUCCUACAAGGCCGCGGCCCCAACAAAAUCGAGCACGAAGCCGAGAUGACUCCCUUGCUUGUGCUGCUCGAGACGUUUGUGAAAAAAAGAGAGCUCUCGGUCGCCCUUGUGUUUGCGUGCCAGUCACUCUUGUGGAGUCUGUUUCUUGCUCAAGGACCGGCCACGGACGUCAUUACGUGUGCCAAGAUCGUCGACAACGCGCGCGUCACGAUCGCCCAAGCGACGACUCAGAUGCAAGCCGAUCGCGACAACGUCCUUGGGAUGUUUGUCCCAGCGACGACCCAGAAGAAUGUCGACGUGGCGCUUGCGUGGCUUGGCAACCUCCGCAUCAUGACGUCGCCGACCAAAGACUUUAAUCAGAUGGAAGUCGACCGGGCGUGGCUCAACCCAUACAUGGCCGGCCAAAUCCUCCUCACGAUUGCGAUGAAGGUGCGCUUCUCCAUGGGCCUCGCGACCAUGGAUGACAUUGGGCAGACGCGCAUGGUCCUUCACCUCUACAACGCACUCCGCGUCCUCGACAAGAUCCCACCGAACAGAGACCUCGACAACUUGGUCAAUAUGUUUGAGCGCGGCAAGUCGGUGUGGGUCGGAGGCCGUCCGACCGUCCGUGGCGGCUUUGUCAAAGCCCAUAUGCUGGCGUGGGGCUACAACGCGUCGACGGCGGCGGCCUUGGCGGCCAACCUCCACCGAGACAAGGAAGCCUUCCUCGCAAAGACGACGCUUCGCGACCAGAGGGACCACCGCAGCGACGCCCAAAAGAAGCACCCCAAAAUCAGCGACUUUGGUCGAGAGCUCCAGACGACCGACCCGGCGCCCGUGAGCAGAGCGUAUCGACAUGUGACGCGUCUGACGGACAAGACAGACAAGGACGGAUCGGCGCGGCUUCCAUUGGCCAUUAACAUUAUGAACGUCCUCCACAGCGACUAUAACGCGUUUCAGUACCUUGACCUCAACAAGGUCGGACAGCUCUUUCGCGCGGCGUGGAAGGCUAUGAUUCAAGCAUUCGACUUCAAAGGCCUGGCCUUUGCGCCAGAGCGUGGCAUCGUCGAUGGUCCAUGGCGCGAGACGGACGCCAACGUCCGCGUGCACAAUGAAAACCUCUUUUUCCAGACGCUCCUCGGCCUCUGCGACGUCAACCCCGAUCAUCCGCGCAUUUUGGUGGCCGCCGCGUCGAUGGAGCAACUCGCGCAGCAGAUGCGCACUGCCCACACGAGCGCGACCGGAAGCCGCUCGUAGAUCGCUCCAGCAGUCAUUUCCUGGAUAUAGACCAACGAGAUGACAGAAGUUGCAAAGGUUCUAACAGCAUGACUAUAAUCAAAUAGUCUUUUUCAGCU